AUGGCUACCACUGUAAGAGUACCAAGAGAAAGGCAGUUUCACGUCGUGCCCGUACCUGGGGUUUUCACUCGUGGUCGGUGGAAAUGUCGUGAUUAUCGCGAAGAUGAUCACCCUGACUCUCGCGACCAAAUUCUUGAUUUUACCGAUAUACGAGAACGGGGAGAAGGAGGAGGAGAACCUGCUAAUGCGGUGGAAAAGCCAUCUCAGUCGUCGCAUGAGAGACCAACAGAGGUGAAACCCGUACCUGAGUCAGCUCCAGCGACUGAUCCGAUCCCUUCUCCUUUGAAGGAAUCAUCAACGAUUGUUGUGACUUCUAUCGCCCCGGCUCCACCGACACCUCAACAUAACAAUCAUCAUGCUGAAGCAACGGAACGAGCUAUUCGUGAGCUUGAAAGAGGAAAUCUACCAAAGUUUGCUGUUGCUCAAGGUACAUCAACGGGAGCGAAUUCGCCGGUAGAAGAGGAAAUCCCACCAUCUGGAAACGGUGCGCCGGUAGCGGCUCCUAAUGUGGUAGCAAUUGACAAUAAGAUCGAGCAGGCAAUGGAUUUGGUAAAAACCCAUCUUACCUUCGCUGUUCGUGAAGAAGUCGAGGUCCUGCGACAGACCAUUGCUGAACUAGAACAGAGGGUGUCCUCUUUGGAAAAUGAGAAUCAAUUGUUACGACAAUAUGCACCUGGAGAAGUUUUGAAUAAUAUUGCUGCAUUGGUACAACAAAGGAAAGCUAGCAACAAUCCUGUUACUACGCCGGCUCAGCAUCCGACUCCAUCUGUGCCCCCCAAAAAGUGA